GGCGGUCGAGCUACCGAGCAUCCUGUGGGCGCCUGGCUACUGCGAGAGGUUAAAUGGCCAAGACAGACAAAUGGAAUUAGGCCUUGCUGUGAAGACUUCCAUUUUCUUCUCAGUACCUGACCAUUUAUGAUGAGGCAGCUUAUGAAAGUGUGAUGUUUGCUUAUUUCCUCGCAGGCCACAGUAAACACAAGUGUGAAGGAAACAUUUGUCAUGGAAGCCAGGGAGCUGGAAAGCCCCACACCAACCUACCAUCUCAUUCCCGAGGCCAGCCAGCCCAAGGAAGAUGUCAACAUGCAACCUCAGCAGACUGCAGAAACUAUGCAGCUAAAGAAGGAGAUCUCGUUGUUGAAUGGGGUCAGCCUGGUGGUGGGCAACAUGAUCGGGUCAGGAAUCUUUGUCUCACCCAAGGGCGUGCUGGUAUACACUGCCUCCUAUGGGUUGUCGCUGGUCGUAUGGGCCAUUGGUGGGCUUUUCUCCGUUGUUGGUGCCCUUUGCUAUGCGGAGCUGGGGACCACCAUCACCAAGUCUGGGGCCAGCUAUGCUUAUAUUCUAGAGGCCUUUGGGGGCUUCAUUGCCUUUAUCCGCCUGUGGGCCUCCUUGCUAAUUGUUGAGCCCACCAGUCAGGCCAUCAUUGCCAUCACCUUCGCCAACUACAUCAUCCAGCCCUCGUUCCCUACCUGUGAUCCCCCAUACCUGGCCUGCCGUCUCCUCGCUGCUGCUUGCAUAUGUCUGCUGACAUUUGUGAACUGUGCUUAUGUCAAGUGGGGCACACGUGUUCAGGACACGUUCACUUAUGCCAAGGUCCUAGCGCUCAUUGCCAUCAUUGUCAUGGGCCUCGUUAAACUGUGCCAGGGACACUCUGAGCACUUUCAGGACGCCUUUGAGGGUUCCUCCUGGGACAUGGGAGACCUCUCUCUCGCCCUCUACUCUGCCCUCUUCUCUUACUCAGGUUGGGACACCCUUAAUUUUGUAACAGAAGAAAUCAAAAACCCAGAAAGAAAUUUGCCCCUGGCCAUUGGGAUUUCUAUGCCAAUUGUGACGCUCAUCUACAUCCUGACCAAUGUGGCCUAUUACACAGUGCUGAGCAUUUCAGAUGUCCUUGACAGUGAUGCCGUGGCUGUGACAUUUGCUGACCAGACAUUUGGCAUGUUCAGCUGGACCAUUCCCAUUGCUGUUGCCCUGUCCUGCUUUGGGGGCCUCAAUGCAUCUAUCUUUGCCUCAUCAAGGUUGUUCUUCGUGGGCUCCCGUGAGGGCCACCUCCCGGAUGUUCUGUCCAUGAUCCACAUUGAGCGUUUUACACCCAUCCCUGCUUUACUGUUCAAUUGUACCAUGACACUCAUCUACCUCACUGUGGAAGAUGUUUUCCUGCUCAUCAACUACUUCAGCUUCAGCUAUUGGUUCUUUGUGGGCCUGUCUGUUGCUGGACAGCUCUAUCUUCGCUGGAAGGAGCCUGAGCGACCCCGGCCUCUCAAGCUGAGCCUGUUUUUUCCCAUCGUGUUCUGCAUAUGCUCCUUGUUCCUGGUGAUUGUGCCUCUAUACGGUGACACCAUCAAUUCCCUCAUUGGCAUCGGGAUUGCCCUCUCUGGGAUUCCUGUCUACUUUGUGGGUGUUUACUUGCCUGAGUCCCAGAGGCCAGUCCUUAUUCGAAAUGUCCUGGCUGCUGUCACCAAAGUCACCCAGCAGCUUUGCUUUUGCGUCCUGACUGAGCUUGAUGUAACUGAAGAAAAAAAUGUUGAGAGGAAAACGGACUAGAGGCCAGAGGUGAUGUCCCUUGAGGCCUGGAAGGCCAACCACAGCCACCAAAGUCCAGAUGACAAGACUGCAGGCCCACCCCUCUUGUUCUAAAGGAGUUUGGUGGCCCACAUUGUAUAA